CUCUAAAAAUGAGACAAACAAAGUUUUACAAAGGACUUUAUUUCAAAUAAUUUACAAAAAAUUAACAAAAAAUUCUAAAAAAUAAUUAAGCAAAUUUUUUAAUCGUUUUUUUUAGAAAUCCUUCAUUGUGUGGUAUUUACCAAAACAGGGAGCGACACACAAUCCCACGUUGCACAUAUAUCUGGAAUCUCGUCACUUCUUUUUCUCCCGAAUUUUGGAUUGUGAACAAACAAUGCAUCUUCGAACUUUGUUGUUUGGUAUGAUAGCAGGCAAAUGACGUUGAUGACUUGGUGCAGCCCUUACUGACAUAGUUUUUGGUGCAACAUAUCUGAAAAAAAAAUAGUUGAAAAUAAUAUGCUAAAUUCUAGAAUCAUUAUACCUCUCAAGAAGUUGCCGAGUAAGAUUUAAUUGAUAAUCUGCUAGUGGUAACUUUCCUGGAUUUUGGGUUAGAAAUAAUGCAUGGCUGUUCGAAACACAUAGAUCCACAACGUAAAAAAAGAGUUUCUUGUACCAUUUUACAACUGCUCCCAUAUUUUGGUUGUACUCCACCACACAUGCUGUUUUUUUACAAAUUCCCCCGUUUUUCUAUCUUUUUUAGUCAACUGGGUCAUUUCAUCCCUGUGGAAAGUUGUCAACAUGUUAACGUCUCUUCGAUCCUUCCAUCUGACAGCUAAAAUAUUUUCACUAGACAUGGAUUUUGUUUGACCCCUGUCCAAUCUUCCUCAUAGAUCCUGCAUUUGCUUUCUGGUACUCCUAACUGUACCACAUGUGUUUGUUUUUUUUAAAUAAAUAGGUGGAAAGAGCUGGUGGGGUAUACCAAUUGUCAGUAUAGAGGGAAUGACCUUUGUUCAAAUAAGAUUCCAUUAAUGUUGUUACAACCGACCCUGAUAUGCCAAGAUCUUGAUACAACUCAAUUUCGGUUUUUGAGCCUAUAUAUAUGAUAAAAUUUAGGACGUAGCCUGUCUGACAAUCACACAGGAGGAACAGUUUUAUGCCAAAACGAUGUCGUUUUGUUCUGCUUGAAUAACAGACGUCCUUUAAAAAGUAUUAAACUCUCAUCAAUCACCAAGUUCUGGAAUGGAACAAAAGUCUGGGCAAACGUAGUUUUAAUUUUGUCAAAAAUCUCUCGAACUUUGUGGAAUGAGUCACCUUUAAUUUGUUCGCCAUUGUCUUGUCAUUGUCAAAAUGAAGCAUGCGUAAUAUUAUUUGAAAGCGGUUUCUGGACAUCACUUUUCCAAAUAUCGGAGUGUAUAGCAGUUGAUCGGUGGACCAAUUCUCUACUAAUUUGUUUUUUCUAUGGCGAGCAGCAAGAAAAAAUACAGCAAUGAAAGUGAGGAAAUCUUUUUUAGGUUUUGAGGAGAUGCUAGAGCAAGACUAAGCCCAGACAUUCGGAAACAGAAAACUGCCCGAGGCAGAUCCAUUAACUUGGCCCUAUCCCACAGAGGACGCAAGGCCCUUAGACUAAUCCACAUGGAAAACGAAAUUUUAAAAUUAGCAAUUCCAAUGGAGGGACGAUUUUUACAUUCCAUUAAUGGAAAAACACAGACCGUACCAUACGAUAACGUAACAAACCAGUGCAUAUAUUCCGUUGGCAGGAAUUUUUUAAACGCGGCAUUACUUAACGCUGCAGAAAAACACCCCAACGUAAAACUACAUUUUAAUCACGAACUGAAACUAGUUGAUUUCAAAGAGGGCACCGUUACAUUACAAAGCCGUGAUAAGAGUGAAGGGAAAAGCUGCUCCGCUGAUUUGAUAAUAGGGGCGGACGGGGCAUUUUCUGUAAUGCGGUCGUUCUUGCAAAAGACGCCAUUGUUUGACUUUUCGCAACGGUUUAUAGAUCAUGGAUAUUUGGAGUUGUCGGUGCCCUCGGAACGUGGUGGAUUAUUAAAAGGGAACUUUUUGCAUAUUUGGCCUAGACGUGAAUUUAUGAUGAUAGCACUCCCCAACCAAGACAAAUCCUGGACAGUGACCCUCUUCAUGCCAUUCCAGCACUUUAAAGAUCUCGAUAAUCCAGAAAAACUCGUCGAGUUCUUUGGGGCAACAUUUCCAGACGCCUUACCUUGCAUAGGAGAGAGUGAACUGAAGAAGAGUUUCUUCGAAAAUUCUCCAUCACCUUUAGUCUCUAUUAAGUGUGGCAGAUACCAUAUGGGAGAUAAGUUCUUGAUUAUUGGAGAUGCCGCACAUGCUAUGGUACCUUUUUAUGGACAAGGUAUGAAUGCUGGUUUUGAAGAUUGCACCCUCCUAAAUGACCUUUUAAGUCGUACUGAAGACAACGUUUCGAAAACCAUAAAACUCUUCAGCGAAAAACGACAAAAGGAUGCGCACGCAAUAUGCGAUUUGGCCCUGUACAAUUAUACCGAGAUGCGAGAUUUGGUGACGAAACCUUCUUAUAAAUUUCGAAAAAUGUUGGAUAAACUUUUGGGAACCGUUUUUCCUGAAUCGUGGAUUCCACUGUACAACUCGGUCAGUUUUACCCAUAUGGGUUAUAGUCGCUGUGUGGAGAAUAAGGAGUGGCAAGACAAGACUUUACAUACAGACGCCAGGCCAAGUUAUGAUGAAUUGGUCUAUAACAACGAUGAAUAUCCCCAAAAGCUUAUCGAUGACCUAAUUGACGAACACCCAACAUGGAAGGAGGUCCUUAAAACCAAUCCACGACUUCAAUAUCAACCCAAUAACUCUCCAAUAUUCAACAACGACACCAUCUGCCCCUCAUAUACCACAAGACAAUAUUUCCCUCGACCCCUCAAAGAUAUUAAUGACGAAGAAUUUAUUGUGAUAAAUCAUGGCGAGUAUGUGCAAGGAUUCGAUAAAGUCGAGUGUGUUUUUAACAACUGUGCCUCUCCAACACACACGACAGAUACGGAUGCAAGCAGCAAUACACUUAUAGGACACUCUACGUUUUGCAAAACAACCGAAUUUCAGAGCGUGAAUUUAAUAUUCCGUCUAAUUGCGUAUGUGGUCCACUUGAUACUUUUUAAUGAAUUUCUGUCAUAUUUAUUCAACACAACUACCUCAAACUUGUUAUUUGUUAAAUAAAUAUACAGUUUUUUUGUUCUU